AUGACUAAAACUCUCAGUUAUGAGAAUAUUAAAUUCCAUGAAAUAUUCCCCCAAUUUAGAGAUAUUUACAAUAAAAAUAUAUCUGAUUCGAGUGAUUUAACAAGCAUGAAAUCUAAGAUUCUUAACCUCUGUAAUAAUUUAAUUAGAUUUCAUUUGAAAAAUGAACAAAUAAGAGACUAUAGAUUACCUAACAGUUGUAGUGGUCUUGGUCUUUAUUUAUACCUUAUAAAAAGUGAUAUUAGUUAUAAUGUUAAUUAUAAAAAUUUAGCUUGCAAAUAUUUCAAUUACAAGUUACAAGAAAUGUUAAACAAUUAUGAAUGUAAUAUUAAAGACCCAAAAAGUGUUUACAAUAAAAUGAAACUGUAUAAGAACCAGCUCGCUACAGAUGAAAAUAGUUUCCUUGAUAUAUGUGAUAAUGAGGUUACAAGUCUUAAAGAUAGCACAUUUAACAUAUUUAAGUAUUUCGAUCAACUAUAUUAUUUUUUACCAUUAAUAAAGAACGAUAAUGAUUGCUCACAGUAUGCAGGAAAAUUUAAUGAUUAUGUGAAUUAUUUAAAAGUAUAUGUAUCAGAGAACAAUAGUAUACCUACUUUACUAAAUAAUUUAAUCAGUGAAUAUAAUAAAAGAAUUCAGAAUAGUGACUUAUGUGCUAAUGAACUAUCUCUUGAUGAAAUAUAUGUGACUGAAUUAUCUGUGCCUGUAGCAUCUGUGACUGCGUCAUCUGUGAAUGAAAUAUCUGAGAAAGGAAAUGUAAUAAAUAACAACAUGGCUAUGCAAAAUAUUCAAAUAACACACUCAGGAUUAUCAAUAGGAAAAUUGGUAGGAAUUAUUAUAUUGUCUUCAGUAGUUUUAAUAAUGACAUUUAUUUUACAUAAGUAUACGCGCAAUGCUUCAUUUAUACGACGAGGGGUGAGGAGAUUAAAGAAACUGGUGAAUACAAAAGGUGAAAAUCAUAACGAUGUAAUGAGCUCAUCUGAAGAAACAUAUAAAAAUAGAAAUUAUAAUCAGUAUAAAAUAGCUUACGUUUAA